CUGCAACAGUCAUUUGUCAAAUAGACAAACUCGCCAGCUUCUUCAAAAGAGACUUGCAAAUAAUGGUAAGUGGACAAUUUGUGCAUUAUUGAGAAACAAUGGGAGAUUUAUCGAAGAAAAUUUCUUCAUUGUCUCAACCACAUAGUACUCCAAAAAAAGCAAGAUCUGAACAGAUUCUAUCGCCACAGUUUUCUAGUAUUAACACAAGCCUUAUCGAGUUUGAUGAUCCUGAUGAUUACGAGGAAACUUUAGAUAACUCGGCAGAUUAUGAUACAUAUUUCAAUACUGCUCCAAGAAAAAUACCACGUUCAGGAAAUAUUUGGCAGGAAUUUAAACCUAUUAGAAAUGAUGGACUGUAUUAUAAUGUAAUUUUUGAACCAGAUCAGGCAGAGCGCCAUGCAAAAUAUUUGCUGGAAAGUUAUGAAACUGGUGCCAAAAGUGUGAUGUUGGAAAUUCUUCAAUUCUUUAUUGACACCUGUGGUUUCCAGAGUAUUAAUAUUUCUGAAUUGUAUAACUUUUCAAAUAUUGAUAUGACUCAAGUUAUAAGUGCCAUGGAGAAAACCAAGAAAGAGAUAACAAGACAUGGUAUUUUUGACCUUAAUCAGAGGCUACCUGUUAAUAUGAGAAUGGGCAUAUUUAAUUUUGUCCAAAAAUUAUUACAAGUUGCCUAUGAAAAUAACAUAGUAUUCAGGGAUACUUUUGCAAAACACACUUUGAAUUGUUUGUACAAACUUGCCUCUAGCGAAAUGUAUUGUAUUAAACUAACUGGUGCUAUUUUAUGCUCAAAAUUUUUGACUGAAUUCAGUUGUAUGUAUAAUCAAUUGGAGAAUGAUGGGAAGACAAAGCACAGGGAAAGACUAUUAGAGUACAUGGAGUAUAUGUUUACAAUAUUUACAAAAAACUGGUUUAUUGGAGAUAAAAGAUGGAAUGCAUUUAAAAGAGAAGUAGCAAAAGAAAUGAAAUUCUGGUUAAAAUACUGUCCCUCCAUGUUUACCAGUUCUUUUGAUAUGAUACCUUAUAUUAGUAGGUGCUUGAAAGAUGAGUCUUCACUAAUAAGAAAAGAGAUUCUCAAUACUUGCGAAUCAUUAAUAAAAGGCGACGAUAUAAACGAAGUGAAAUCCAAAUUCAUUAAUGAAUUGCAUCAUGAAAUUUGCAACAGAAAUCUUGAUGUUAAUGAUGAUGUGGCCAUUAAAGCUUUGAAUAUUUGGAAAUACAUGCAGAAUAACCAUCCCAAAUGCAUUACUUAUAAUAGAGACAUGAAGAGUGUCCUUUUGGCUAAUUUAUACAUCAGUAGUUUUCCCAUUGCUCAAGCUGCAGCUGAGUUGGUUUAUGAUAUCCUUAAGAAGGAUAAUGAAGAGCCUAAAAAAGUUCUGAUCAAGCUUUCUGAUCAACUUUCAAAUGAAGAUAAUUCUCAUUUAGGCUCAUUUUUGGUGGAAGCCUUUUUUAAUUAUGAUGAAAUUACACACUGGGAAUCUUAUAUUAGUUUGAUGGCCAAUUCGAAAAUUGCCAUUGACCGUCAGGAAAAUUUGUUUAAAAUGGCUUAUUACAGUGUUUAUCAGACUUUAAAGGGCUGUCCACGUCACCUUAGAUAUAAAUCAAUAACAGGUCCUGAAGCAAGUACUGAUGUACAUGUUAAUGUAGGAAGACAUUUUCUUACAAACAUACCACAGUUUCUAAACAAAUUCGAAGCAUAUCCAGGAAUUAUUAUCAAUAUUCUUGAUAUUGUUCUACUGAUUAACACUUCUGAUAAUUAUGGCAAUAUUUACCAGAAUAUUUUGAGCAACCUAAACGAGCUUUUUAAUCUUUAUGAAAACUCAGAAGUUUUGGAAAAAAUUGCAGAGGUUUUAUAUUUUUUGAAAAAUAAUCGACAGGUAGCAAAUGUUAAUAAAUUAUUGGAUGUUUAUUCCAAUCUAUACAUGGUAAAAUCAUUGGAGAGUUCAGAAAAUCCACAGGAGCUUAAGUUAAUUAGUUUAAAAAUAUCGAUUUUGUUCUCCAAGUUUGAUUUAACCGAAAUACCUUGGGAAAAUCUAUACAUAUGGAAAACUAAUGAAGAGUACACUGAACACCUUGUUGUGGCAUGCAAAUGGUAUCUUAUAUGGACACUAAGAAAGAUCAUUUGCAAUAUUCAAAAACCCAAUAAUGUUCAAAUAAAUAAUCUGAAAGCUCAUUGCAACAUUUAUACCAGAAGGGGCGAUUUAAUUUUUACUUUAUCCAAUAUAACACUUGGGUUUAAAAUGUUUAUUGCUUUAACAGAAUUAUACAAGAAAUUUGCUGAGGAAUUUCAACAAAUUAUUCAGUCACCAAAAACACUUGAUAAAUUGAAAUUAAAAAUGGGUGAAGACGAAAAUCGCUAUUUUGAAUACCUUGGCAAGAAAAUUAUCGAAAAUAAGGAUAUUUCCAUUAAGGACAAACAGAGGUGCGUUGUUGGGGCUGUUGAACUUAUAUGGUUAACUGUUGCAAGCUCUGAACGUUUUAUUAACAUUUUCAAGCACUAUCAUUCUCAUUUCAACGAAAUUGGUUAUAUUAUCGAAGAUGCAUUAGUUGAUCUGAAACCGUAUGAUAGACAUCACAAUUUAAUUAUGCGCACAAUUUUCGAAGUCUAUAAGGAUAUUCGCGACAAACACGAAUCUUUUUCCAUGGAUGAUGCAGAAUCAAAGCUACUCAAAUCUUUGGCCAAGCAGUUUUCAUUAGUUAAAAGCGUAAAAUUCGAAUUAGAAUUUGUAUUAGAGGGUAUUCAAAUUGCACUAAGUGAUGAGAAAAAUCUAUUAUUUUUAUACACCUUGACUCAUUUUUUGGAAGGCCUAACCCAAGAUGAAAAGGAUAUAGCGAAGAAGUAUAUUCAGACUAGAGCAAAAAACAACAAGUUCCAUAAUAAAGAAAGCGUCGUCUACUUUUAUAAUCGCCUAUCAAUGAAAAAUAGAACCGUUACUACCGUUGUCAAAAAGGCUAAACCCAAAAGACCACCCAAAUUAGUACCAAAGCAACUCAAAGUACAAAUCGAAAAAGUAGCAAAAUCGCAGAAAAAAGACCUCCAGAAAGGAAAAAGUAGGUCGCCAUCCGGUUCGGAAACGACAAAUUUAUCAUUAUUAACGAUUCACGAUGAAUCAGGUGAUAAUGGACAAAUUUCUGAGUUUGAUUCCGACGAAGAAGUUUAAGAUUUAAAAAUUUGUAAUAUUUAUUUUUAGUUUUUGAUGUUAAAAAAAGAAUUUUGAAUUGAG